AUGACAAGCACUGAGGACCUGUAUCAUUCAUCAAUGGUCACCAAUUGUGCGCUCAACGCAUCUUUAUCCUACACCGCCAUCGCGUUGAACAUCAUAACAAUUUACGCGAUGAGAAAAACAUCGUCUCUGCCGAGGCCGCUGAGAACAUUAUUGCUGAGUCUUGCUGUCUCAGAUCUGGGUGUCGGCAUUUUUGUACAACCUUAUUACGUUGUGCUUUUAGUUAUAGAGCUGAAAGGCGCCGAUCCUGUUGACAAAUCAAUGGAUAAUGCCAUGUAUGCCAUGGCGGACACCUUUUCCAUUGUUUCAUUUCUCAGUGUUUUUGUCCUCAGCGUGGACAGAUUCCUGGCUGUACAUCUUCAUCUCAGAUAUCAAGAACUUGUCACUCAGAGACGCACUGUUUUGGCCGUGAUAUCAAUCUGGAUGCUUAGUGUGUUUCUUGCAGUAACCGGCCAUUUUUGGUUGCCUCUUUUCCUUCUAGAUUUUUUUCCUGUAGUUUUAGGGUUCUGUCUUAUUUGCACAGGAUUAGUUUACUGCAGAAUUUAUUUCGCUGUACAACGCCACUUGAGAGAAAUACAGUCCUUGCAAGUACGGCGAACCGAGCAGAAUGUCGGUGACAUGGAGCAUACUGCCAGGAUGAGGAAAACUGCCAUUAGCACAUUUUACGUUUAUCUUGUGUUUUUAGUCUGUUAUUUGCCUGAAUACUGCACUAAUAUGGUUGUUAGCCAUGGCGAGCUUUCUGAUUCUUUAAAAACCUUUAGGUUAUACAGUUGGACUCUUGUGUGUGUGAAUUCAUCUUUAAACCCGGUUAUUUAUUGUUGGAGUAUGAGACACAUUCGGCACACCAUCAUUAACAUUCUCAGAAAUACACAUCCGUGCAGAUAGUGAGCAACAUAGCAUGAAAACAAGUUAAACCUUUGUUACUGUUGCACCUGAAAGUUAUUAUAAGAGUGGAUACAAUAACACAACCUAACAACUAUUUUAGUUAACAGCCUGCAUUAAGUAGUAAUAUGAUGAUCCAUUUGUAAUACUCGAAAUUGAUCUUAAAUAAUAAGGACAACAACAAAGUAGGGAGCCGGCCUGAAGGAGAAUAUUUCAAUUGCUCGCUGCUAAUGACAUUGCCACAGAAAAUAAGUGCUUUGUAUUUAUGAAAUUCUAAAUUAAAUGCACCCAUGGAAAGGUAUAUAUCAAAACGUAUUGGUUACUAUUGUACAUAUCUUCAAAGCCAAGGUCGAUAUAGUUUGAACAUAAAUGUUAAGCAUGGUGAUAAUUUGAAUUUGAAUAUCAAAAAUGAAUGAAAGCGCUUCAGCUGUCUACGUUGUCUUGCACUAAAAUCUAUAGGAGAGCUUUUACAAAAUAACAAGGAAACGUUCAAAUUUUUCAUGGCUGCAUAAGUUAUUAUAGAUGAUAAAAAUACACGGACUGAUACAGCGUCGUGGCUAAGCCUACAAACAUCUAAUUAAAUUUGAAUUGACCUUUUAGUUGCUUUCAGAGGAGUUGCCGACAACUCCCCGACGAAAUGACUUCAGGGAAAUCAGAAAUUCUUUUUUUUCAAAAUGCUUUUUCUUCUCCUCGAGUGGAAGCUAUUAUGUUUCAAGUGUGUGUUUUUUUUUUGUUGUUGUGAAUUUGGUUUUUUUUUUGUUGUUGUGAAUUUGGUUUUAAUAGGUGGUUCUACACUCGAAGUUUAUAAGUCUUUAAACAAAUAAAGAUCUAGUAUCAAUUCUCCAGCCCUUUCUUCCCAGACGAAUCCAAAUGACAUUCAAUACACACUUGUCGUAGUUUUCACAGCAGUUAUUGGAAAAAAGGAAAUGAGUAGACCCAAGAACCGGAUACUGCCUGUUUUAUUUAUUGAAGAGUUUUUUUGGCUUCGAUUAUGUAAAAAUCUGAAUCAUCACGAAACUAAAAAGUUUUUUAUCGCUUUUUGAUAAAACAGCUUGGUGAAAGUUAGACCCCAUUAGCUCACCGGUUUUUUCCGAAUACUAAAUGUGCAUCAAUUUAUUUCUGGAAGAUUCUCAACUGACGAAGAUCGACAUAAUUAUAUGUCUUACUUCUAUUGCAAAUUUUACAGCUGCACUUUUAGCCUUAAAUUCAUUUUAUGUAUCCGGUUUCGUGGCUGAUUUUUCGAUUCGUUGAACAAAUUUGAAUGAGUUAACCGACUCUUCGCAUCUUAUUCCCCUGGACAUACUGUUUGGAGAUAAUUUAAGCUUUGGAGUUUUUAACUUGAAAAAUAGUUAUUUGUCAUUUCGACAUGAGACCCUAAGCGCGCUUUGUAACCAUAGCUACGAUAAGCUGUUUAGGAAAACUAUCAUGAAUACACCUGAAAUUUUUGCCAUGAUAUCUGGUAAUUUUGAGAUGAAAUAAUUUUCUUCUAAUACAAGAGGAAACUCCUGAUCUCUGACGUUCAGAUUCGCUCAAAGCAGAAAAUUCAACUUUCCUAAGGAUUUCUUAUUAGUUUUACCUCAAGCUAUAUGAGUAACACACCUGUUUGUUAAUUUGUUGCGUUAUUUUUUCUGUCUAUCCUUUGCUUUUGUUCUUGUUAUGUUUUAUUAAUGGUUCACAUCUUUAAAAACUAUUUCUGUUAAGAAUUGGCAAAACAAACCCGCACCUCCUCGUCGAUUCCGCCUACAUAGGAUUCCGGAUUCCCUUGGCAGCCCAGGCUCCUGCUUUUGCCACUCAACCACCCUUGGCCCGGAGGGACUUUUUCUACUGGCUAAGCAGCGGCAGAAGGUAAGCUUGGCUUCUAAUUGUGCAAAACUGUCCACCAGGAAAGUUAACGAAAACAAUGCUUUUCAUGAGAAGCCAUGUUUAAUGGAAGAUCAAACUCAAAACCUACCCUUCCCACCCAUUAACUUUCGAUACGCCACUGCCGGCAACAUAUGCAAAAUUGGAAUGAAGAUCAAUAUAAACAUCAUUUAAUCAGCCCAUUUUGAAGUACGAACGUUCUUAUGUUUAUUUUCUUAAAACAGAAUAGAGCUUCGAUCAAAAGCCUCAAUGAUGAAAAGGAGAUCACACUCUUUGUUACUGGAAAUAGAAGGCAAUCACUUUGGAGGAAUAAAUUAUCCCGUCGUCGCGAUCAUAUUAAACAAGAAAAGGACCGAGAAAGUCUAAGCAGAGUAAAUUUAAAGUACACCCUGGGUAGUGCUCAGAAGACCUUAUGUCGCUAGCGACAAUGACGGGACAUUGACAACGUCAUGAACGGGAGAUGAUAUCCGUUCAGUUCGUCUUGAGUUAACCCUAUAAUAAAAAGUAUUUAUCAUAUGUAAAUUUUCGGAAAUUACCGGAAACUUUUCGUAGUCUUCUCGAUGCUUGCUUAACUCAGAGUUAAUUGAAGGCGAUAAUAGAUAACCUAAGCCGCCAUAAUUUUAUUUUGAAACGUCGUCUGUCGCACUGUUCUAACAUUUAAUGAAUGUUUACCAAGGCAGACUGAGUACAGCGUCAUAAAUAAAUAUAUAUUUAAAUUAGUUUCACUUCCUCACUAAACAAGAAGACCGUAAAAAAUCUUUUAAAACGAC